AAGUAACAUCAACUAAUUCUGGUAAAGCAGGUGCUGUGGUUACAUUCGCUGCUAUAAAAGAAGCUGCUCAGUCUGAUAGGACAUCAGAAGUAUCGACUACACUUGGUGCUUGUGUUUACAAUAAAUAUACUAAGCUUUUAAUAUUAAAACCAAAUAAUAAUAAAUGUAUUUUCAAUUUAAACGCAACGCCCACAUAUAAGAAGGAUGGUGCUGAUACAUCUAUUUACCCUAACAUAUCUGAUAUAACUCAUCUAGAAAUUCAAGGCGAUAGUGCAAACAAGACAAUAACUAUCUGUGAAAUUACUAAUUCUAGUGGCACUGCUAUAGUAUUAAAUUUACCUAAAGGCUUUGAAAUAGAUGGCAAUGCAAAAAUAACUAGCUUUAAGCUAGACAACGAAAAAGCAAUAGUAAAUGCUGAUAUUGAAAAUAAGGGUACUAUUAUUAACGGCGGAGUUGUUAUUGGUGAAAGUAGUAAGACAGCAUUUCCUUUAAGGCCUGGAACUUCUACCUCUAAUGGUCAAGCAAAUGCAAAUAAAACAGCUAAGUUUACUAACUUAAAAUCAAUUGCUGGUGGGUUUACUAUUACUGGUGUAGCAACAAAGACUAGUGUCGCAGGUAAUAAUGUAAACACUUUUGAAUUAGUUAAUAAUUCAUCGAAUGCUAGCAUCACUGGUAAUAUUACACUAGAAACUGAUAGUCCGAAUGCUUUAAAAUUCAAACUAACCAAUACUCAAGGCACGAUUAAGUCUGAUAAUAUAACCGUAACUGAGAUUGAUAAUAGCGGAACUAUUCAGGAAACAAAGACUAGUGCAACCAUAAAAGCUGGUACUAUUACCAAUAAUGCAAAUAUUGGAAAAGAUAGUAACAAUUUAACAAUAACCGCUAAAACAAUUAAAAAUAAAGCUGGCACCAUCAAAGCUAAGUUUGCUAUACCCUCAG